AUGGCUGACAACGAGCAGAAAGCUAAGCAGUUAUUAGCCGAAGCUGAAAAAAAAUUAACAUCGAAAGGCUUUUUCAGUUCUUUUUUUGGAGGAUCGACAAAACUGGAAGAAGCGGUAGAAUGUUAUCAACGUGCUGCAAAUAUGUUCAAAAUGGCCAAGAAGUGGAGCGCUGCUGGAAGUGCAUUUUAUGAAGCUGCAGACUUGCAUGCUAAAGCUGGCAGUCGACAUGAUGCAGCUAAUUGUUAUGUUGAUGCAUCUAAUUGCUUUAAAAAAUCAGACGUUAACGAGGCUAUUAGUUGCUUGCUGAAAUCUAUUGAGAUUUAUACCGAUAUGGGGCGAUUUACAAUGGCAGCUAAACAUCAUCAAAGUAUAGCAGAAAUGUAUGAGAGCGAAGCUGUUGAUUUAGAACGUGCUGUUCAUCAUUAUGAACAAGCAGCGGAUUACUUUCGUGGCGAGGAAAGCAAUUCUUCUGCCAAUAAAUGUUUGUUGAAAGUUGCACAAUACGCGGCUCAGCUAGAAAAUUAUGAGAAAGCAAUUCAAAUAUAUGAGCAGGUUGCUUCUUCAUCUUUAGAAAGUUCAUUACUAAAGUACAGUGCAAAGGAAUACUUUUUCCGAGCUGCAUUAUGUCAUUUGUGCGUUGAUGUAUUAAAUGCGCAACACGCGAUUGAACGCUAUCAAGAGCAAUAUCCAGCAUUCCAAGAUUCUAGGGAGUAUAAAUUAAUUAAGACAUUGAUAGAACAUCUUGAGGAGCAAAAUUUAGAAGGCUUUACAGAAGCCGUGAAAGAAUAUGAUUCAAUUUCACGGUUGGAUCAGUGGUACACUACAAUAUUAUUACGCAUAAAGAAGCAAGUCAAUGAUAACCCUGAUUUACGCUGAUCAGUUAUUGUUCAUUUACAUUAUAUUAUGUCAAUGAUAUUAAUGCUCCAAAUCUAUAUGUAUUCUUUCCUAAACUAUAUCCUGCUUUCGGUGGUAUUCAUCAAGUAGGUUCGUUUUUAUACCCAAAUAUCAUAUUAUUCCCUUGCGAUUCUAGCUAACAUAAUAAGUUUGCUGUAUAAUCCAAUACUUAGAGAAAGAAAAAAGAUAUAAAAAAAAUCUCAAAAAUGCAUUAUUAUAGAAUCACGGAAAUUUAGAUUGCUUUAAAUUCUAUAUCGAUCUUUACAGGCUAUUUUCCAUAUUCAUAUAUAAUACAUACAGUUAUAGCAUUGCCUUAUAUGUAGGCAUAGUAUAAUAUUAUAAGUAU